AUGUCAACUGGUGAAGUCUCUGUGGUUGCGAUCGAUGACCCUUUCCUUAUGAAGUUCCCAGGGUGGGUCCGGGAGAAGUCCGACGAUGGCGAAUAUGCCCGCUGUCCUAAAUGUGGGAGACUCAUUAAGAUAAGUAAGAAGUCUUCCAGUGGUGUCAAGUAUCACCAAAAGUCUUGCGGGAAAAGGAAGCGCAGCGAUCCUAGCAAAACUGGGAACAAGGAGAAUCAAGCAGAGUGCAGAGAGGCGCUAUAUCAGUUUGUGGCCCACUCUGGCGUCCCGCUCUGCACCGUUGAGAAUGAAUACUUCAAACGCCUACUACGGUGCUUGAAUCCACAUUUCGAGGCUCCUAGCCGCCGAGAUCUAGUUCGUCAAUUGCGAGACAGAGUCGCCAAUCACGUGGAGAUGGUGCAAA